CUUGUUUAACUUUUUGGGUUUUUAGGGGUUUUUACCUUCGUGAAGGUAUAUUGGACAACUGUUGACUUGAAAGCUGCUUUUAGGAUGUCUGAAGAUGAGGAAAAAGUUAAACUCCGCCGAAUCGAACCUGCAAUUCAGAAAUUCAUUAAAGUGGCAAUUCCAACAGAUUUGGAAAGGUUAAGAAAGCACCAAAUAAAUAUUGAGAAGUAUCAGAGAUGCAGGCUCUGGGACAGACUGCACGAAGAGCACAUCAAUGCAGGACGAACAGUUCAGCAACUCCGUGCCAAUAUGAGAGAGAUGGAGAAACUCUGUUUGCGAGUCCGGCAGGAAGACAUCCCAGUUCUGCAGAGAAUGAUAAAUCCCAUUAAAGAGGAGGCUUCAGCUGCCACUAAAGACUUCCUGCAGCUGCAUUCUGAAUCUGCAGAAGAACUUAAAAGGCAACUCAAAGGACAGGAGGAUGCCUCUUUAACCAGAUCUGCAACUCUAGGACAAGAAACUUUAUGUAACACGGAAGCGAAGGAUGGCUCCCAAAGUUUGAUCCAGAUCUACUCCCACCUUCCGGAAAUACCUCAGGAAGAAAAUGCAGCUGAGUCCUGGGAAAGUUUAGAAGGGGACUUGAUUGAGCUCAGCCAGUUGGUGACUGAGUUUUCUCUUUUAGUCUGUUCCCAGCAGGAGAAGAUUGACAGGAUUGAAGACCAUGUCAACAGUGCUGCUGCGAAUGUUGAAGAGGGAACCAAAAACUUGGGGAAGGCUGCAAAAUACAAGCUGGCAGCUCUGCCUGUAGCAGGUGCAGUCAUUGGUGGAGUGGUGGGGGGUCCUAUUGGUCUCCUUGCAGGCUUCAAAGUAGCAGGAAUUGCAGCUGCACUUGGUGGUGGGAUUUUGGGCUUCACAGGUGGAAAAUUGAUACAAAGAAAAAAACAAAAAAUGAUUGAGCAGGUCUCUUCCAGCUGUCCAGAGCUUUCUCACCAAAGUGCCAAAAAAUCCAGCUGAAGUACAGAUUCACUGUGGCCAGGAACAACAGUGUAGUAGCUGAGCUAGUGACAGACUUGCAGCCUUAUGCUUUAUAUACAAGGCUGAGUUGUGUGAAUUUCGGUAACAAUUCUGUUCCUUGGGUGAGCUGAAACAGUCGUGUCAGAAUUUCUCUGUUCAGACAUGGUGACAUCAGUCCUUUGAAAUUUAUAUGGAUAACUUUUAAUUACAUAAUUCUUAGGUAAGCUAUAUUCACAGCUGUAAUUAUGAGUGACAGGUGCUUCAUGCCAAAUUUGCACAAAGUGUCUUGCAGACAAUGCAAAGAGAUACUUGGAAAAUCCUAGUGUUUUCCCAUGAAUGCCAUGAGAAGCUGGAGCUUUUACUGUAGUGCUCCAAAGAAAAAGAAAUAAAUGCCAUCAUUCUUUCAUGCUCAUAGUAUUUUAAAUUUACUUUCAUUUAUCUGGAUUCCCAAACUCUUCCUGAGAUUCCCCAGGAUAUGACUGACUAUGCCUGUUUAGGCACAUGGAAGGAAGCACAUGCACAGAGAAGCAUGUGCUGUCAUAAGAGAAGGUGAGAACGUUGAGUGAGCAAAGUGGAAAAAAGUUAUGUAUAUAUCACAUCUGCCUCCAUCAGCUAUAUCAGAUCAGCACUGGAACCCCUCAAGAUUUCGGGACAUGCUGUGGAGCCUGUAUGCUGUGAGAUGGCAGUGCUUUUGCUUGUUUUUUUAUAGUGGACAACUGUUAUCCUCCUUAAGAAGCCUUUUGCUUCUGGAACUUCCAUUGUUAAGUGCAGAAGUGUUAAUGUGUUGUUCUUUUCAUAUAAUUGUACAGUUGUCACAUAAUCUACUGUUCCAAACCUAGUCCUACCUCCACCCUUUCAGGACACUUCCCACACUACUGCUGCUACUGUUUGGGGGAACAGAAAUUGAGGUUGGGAAGCUGCUUUUUAAAGUUUUUAAAUUGGUCAGUUCAUUCUGAGCUCUGCUUAAGUUGUUUUCUCAGGUGCACAGUCAAGUCAGCAUUGAGAUGAGGCUUCCUAGCAGGGAACAUGGUCCAGGAAAGUGUACUAUAGAAAGAGCUCCCUUUCAAUAACCAGUACUUUGAUAUCAUCACUGGAAAUCAUUGUCUGCUAAUGACAGAUGAUGGGGUUCUGUGCCUAGAGUCAUUGUAAGCAACUGUUAGUUACAGCACAAAUAACUUCUUCUAAGCAGUGCUUCCUUAUUACUUUUAAAAUACUGAAAUUGCUAUCAGCCAGAGCAUUAUGUCUAUUUUAAGUAGGUCUGAGAUUCAGGGAAACAAUGUGUGCAAGAAUAGUUUUCACAAGUAAUUGCAGACAUUGUCAAAACUGCAUGUGUUGAAGCCUCGGUGCCUGCACUGGUAAAAUCAGCUGGAGUGCAAAACAUGACCUGAGUAGUUCAGCUCAUUUGCUCCUGACAGGCAAAAAGCCCUUUCCUUUCAAUGCAUCUACUUCAGCUGUAAACACAGUUAAUAAGCUUGUAACUUCAUAGUAAGGCUGUUCAUUCCUUUGAUAUUUAUUUUCUACAUUUAAAGGAAAACACUGAGAAAAAAAAGUGUUCUUAAUCAGAAACUGGUUGAUUUGUAUGAUUUUCAAAUGUGCUGCUUUCCUGCUGUAUGCUGUGAAACCUCAUGCAUUUAAAUGACAACAGCCACAUCAGCGAUGUUGUGGACUCCAUCCUCUCCCCCCCAAACUGGAAUAAUGCCAGGACAAUCUAAAUUCAUAAGACUGAAUGACUGCCCCAGCUUAUACAAAUUCAGCUUGAUGUAUGAAAUGUCUACCACAAAAACUAUUCUUCCCCCUUGCGUCUUUAUGGAAGCAAUUUGAAAUCAUUGUGUACACACUAGAUGUGGGAGACUGUUAUUUAAGCUAUGAUAUUUUUUAAAAGGUGGGUUAUUUACAUAUGUGAAGAAACAUCAGCAUGUGAGUAACCUAACUAGCAAUUAAAUUGCUAGGCAUGUUACUGAGAAGAAUUGUAAGAUAUAAAUAAUUCUUUCAGACCAAAUAAAAGUUUUUGCCUAUGA